AUGGCUCGGAGCCGCGUGCCCACGGCCCCGCCCUUCCCCAUGGAGAAAGGACUUGCUUCGCCCCAGGACUGCCGGGACUUCCUGCACAGCCUGAGGAUGAGGAGCAAAUAUGCCCUCUUCCUGGCUUUUGUGGUGGUGGUUUUUCUCUUCAUUGAAAAGGAAAAUAAAAUCAUAUCGAGGGUCUCGGACAAGCUGAAGCAGAUCCCCCAGUCCCUGGCGGAUGCCAACAGCACGGACCCAGGCCUGGUCUUGGCCGAGAACGCAUCCCUCUUGUCCCUGAGCGAGCUGGAUUCCGCCUUCACGCAGCUGCAGAGCCGCCUGCGAAACUUCAGCCUGCAGCUGGGCCUGCAGCCAGCGGAGGAGAAGCAGGAGGCGGCCAAGGGGGAGGAAGAGGAGGAGGAGGCAGAGGAGGAGGAGGGGGAGCAGCCACCCGGCCCCGCCGAGGCCGGCCGCCGGCGCCACGUGCUCCUCAUGGCCACCACCCGCACGGGCUCGUCCUUCGUGGGCGAGUUCUUCAACCAGCAGGGCAACAUCUUCUACCUCUUCGAGCCGCUGUGGCACAUCGAGCGCACCGUGAGCUUCGAGCCCGGCGGCGCGAGCGCGGCGGGCUCGGCGCUGGUGUACCGGGACGUGCUCCAGCAGCUGUUCCUGUGCGACCUGUACGUGCUGGAGCACUUCAUCAGCCCGCUGCCCGAGGACCACCUGACGCCCGGCAUGUUCCGCCGCGGCUCCAGCCGCUCGCUGUGCGAGGAGCCGGUGUGCACGCCCUUCGUCAAGAAGGUCUUCGAGAAGUACCGCUGCAAGAACCGCCGCUGCGGGCCGCUCAACGUGACGCUGGCGGCCGAGGCCUGCCGCCGCAAGGAGCACAUGGCGCUCAAGGCCGUGCGCAUCCGCCAGCUGGAGUUCCUGCGGCCGCUGGCCGAGGACCCGCGCCUGGACCUGCGCGUCAUCCAGCUGGUGCGCGACCCCCGCGCCGUGCUGGCCUCGCGCAUGGUGGCCUUCGCGGGCAAGUACGAGCCGUGGAAGAGGUGGCUGGCCGAGGGGCAGGACCGGCUGCGCGAGGAGGAGGUGCAGCGGCUGCGGGGCCACUGCGAGAGCCUCCGCGCGUCCGCGGAGCUGGGCCUGCGGCAGCCCGCCUGGCUGCGCGGCCGCUACCUGCUGGUGCGCUACGAGGACGUGGCGCGCCGGCCGCUGCAGAAGGCGCGCGACAUGUACCGCUUCGCCGGCAUCCCGCUGACGCCGCAGGUGGAGGACUGGAUCCGGAGGAACACGCAGGCGCCCCGCGACGCCAGCGGCAUCUACUCCACGCAGAAGAACUCGUCGGAGCAGUUCGAGAAGUGGCGCUUCGGCAUGCCCUUCAAGCUGGCGCAGGUGGUGCAGGACGCCUGCGGGCCCGCCAUGCGCCUCUUCGGCUACAAGCUGGCGCGGGACGCCGCCGCGCUCACCAACCGCUCCGUCAGCCUGCUGGAGGAGCGCGGCUCCUUCUGGGUCACGUAG